CUUGGCAUACGUGUUAGUCAAUUAUGUAGACUCUGAUUAUGACAUUGAGUUGGGUGAUUUACAAUCAGAGUACACAUAAUUGACUAACACCUAUGUAUUUGCCAAGUAAAGUCAGACGGCAGGAAGUGACAACUGGGCUACAAUGGCAUGCAUAUAUUGAAUAGUAAAUAAUUCAUGAUAUAAUAAAGCUUUUAUUCCAAUCAAGAACAAGCACUUAGCCAAAUAUUCUUUUUAUAAUUUUUGUGCUACUAAAUAUACAACUAUGGAUCAUGGCAGAUUCACAUCCACAAUAGCUUUUCUCCUAAUACUAUAUUGUUUUUGUUGGGAAUUUGGAGCUUCCGUAGAUACCAUUACAUCAUCUCAGUAUAUCAAAGAUCCUGAAGAUAUAGUCUCUGCUGGGAACAAGUUCAAACUGGGAUUUUUCAGCCCUGUUAAUUCCACAAAUCGUUAUGUAGCGAUAUGGUACAGUAAUAUUUCUAUUACAACUCCAGUUUGGGUGGCUAACAGAAAUAAGCCACUCAACGAUUCUUCUGGGAUUAUGACAAUAUCUGAAGAUGGAAAUCUUGUUGUUUUGAAUGGUCAGAAAGAAAUUCUUUGGUCGUCAAAUGUCUCGACUGGAAUGAAUGGUUCAAGAGCGCAGCUUAUGGAUGAUGGAAACCUCGUCUUGGGAGGGAGUGAAAAUGGGAACAGCUUAUGGCAGAGUUUCCAGGAACCUUCAGAUACUUACAUGCCAAAGAUGAGACUUACUGCUAAUUCCAGAACAGGUAAAAAGACGCUACUAAAAUCAUGGACAAGCGUUUCGGAUCCAUCCAUCGGAAGCAUCUCUGGUGGUAUUGAUCCUUCAAGAAUUCCUCAGUUUUACGUUUGGAAUGGUAGUCGUCCAAUCUGGCGGACAGGUCCCUGGAAUGGUCAGGUUUUUAUUGGAAUUCCUGAAAUGGUAUCUGUUUAUCUUGAUGGAUUUAAUAUUGCAGAUGAAGGAAAUGGAACUUUUACUCUAAGUGUUGGUUUCGCUAACGAGUCUUUAAUCAGCAAUUAUAUCCUGAGUUCUGAAGGUAAAUUCGGAAAAGUACUUUGGGACGAUACGGAGGGGUCAUGGAGAUAUGAGUGGAAAUUUCCUAAAGAUGAGUGUGAUAUUUAUGGAAAAUGCGGGUCAUUUGGAAGCUGUAACCCAAAGGAUUCACCAAUUUGCAGUUGUUUAAAAGGUUUUGAACCAAAAAAUGCAGACGAAUGGAAUAAUGGAAAUUGGACCAAUGGUUGUGUUAGGAGGAGGGAAUUGCAAUGUGAAAGAACACAAAAUGGUGGUCAAGUGGGCAAAGAAGACGGGUUUCUGAAACUGGAGAGGAUGAAAGUGCCAGACUUUUCUGAUUGGUUAUCUUCGACAUCCGAACAAACUUGUAAAAACGAGUGCUUGAAUAUUAAUUGCUCUUGCAUAGCUUAUUCAUAUUAUCCAGGAUUUGGAUGUAUGUUAUGGAGGGGAAACUUAACAGAUUUAAAGAAGUUUCCCAUAAAAGCGGCAGAUCUUUACAUUCGCCUAGCUGAUUCAGAACUUCAUAAUAAAAAGAUAAACCUGAAAGUAAUUAUCAGUUUAACAGUGGUCGUGGGAACCAUUGCCAUUGCGAUCUGUGUAUUUUAUUCCUGGAGGCGGAUAGACAGGAAGAGGAAAAGCAAGAAGGUAUUCUUAUCAAAAAGGAAGGUAGGAUAUCCAAUAGUAUCAGAUGAAAACAUGAUCCAAGAUAACUUGAACCAUGUUAAACUUCAAGAACUACCUCUGUUCAGUUUACAAACGCUGAUAGCUGCAACAGACAACUUUAAUACAGCCAAUAAGCUCGGGCAGGGUGGAUUUGGUCCAGUAUACAAGGGAAAUUUGUCAGAUGGACAGGAAAUAGCUGUGAAAAGACUCUCAAGAACAUCUGGACAAGGACUUGAAGAAUUCAUGAAUGAGGUUGUGGUGAUUUCUAAACUGCAACACAGAAAUCUUGUAAGAAUUCUUGGUUGUUGUGUUGAAGGAGAGGAAAAGAUGUUGAUCUAUGAAUACAUGCCAAAUAAAAGCUUGGAUGCAUUUCUUUUUGAUUCUCUUAGAAAGCAACUUCUAGAUUGGAAAAAUCGUUUCAAAAUCGUGGAAGGAAUCUGUCGAGGUCUGCUUUACCUUCACAGGGAUUCUAGGCUACGGAUUAUUCAUCGAGAUCUGAAGGCAAGUAACAUCCUACUGGACCAAGAACUGAAUCCAAAAAUCUCAGAUUUCGGAAUGGCUAGGAUAUUUGGUAACCACGAAGACCAAGCUAACACUAGAAGGGUUGUUGGAACAUACGGCUAUAUGUCCCCUGAAUAUGCCAUGGAAGGUCGAUUUUCAGAGAAAUCCGAUGUCUUUAGCUUUGGAGUUUUGUUGUUAGAGACUAUAAGUGGAAGAAAAAAUACCAGUUUCUAUGGAAACGAGGAAGAUUUGAGCCUGCUAGGAUAUGCCUGGAAAUUGUGGAACGAGGGCAACAUUGCAGCUCUGGUAGAUCCUGGAAUUUCAUAUCCUUCUUUCCAUGAGGAGAUUUUUCGUUGCGUACACGUUGGUUUGCUAUGUGUUCAGGAAUUUGCAAAAGACAGGCCAGCUAUAUUCACCGUCAUUUCCAUGCUAAAUAGUGAAAUUGUGGAUCUUCCCACUCCCAAGCAACCUGCAUUUUCAGAAAGGCGGAGUGAGCUAGACACAGCGUCCCUUCAGCACGACCAGAGGCCAGAAUCCAUCAACAAUGUCACGGUUACACUUCUUUCCGGCCGAUAGACAAAAUUCAUGACAUGAUUGUUUUUCUGCUGGGCUUGCAGCUGGUCGGCCAUUUGUAAAACUUUCAACGCUGAAUUUUUUAAGCAUAUCAAAGUAAUGGAAAUACUUGCUAGAAGAAUAGAAUGUAUCC